AUUUAACUUACAAACAUUGCUGGAACAAAACAGAACCACUGACAACGGCGUCUUCUAGCUGUGUUUUGACGCCCGAUUAAUGUCUGAGGCUGUGAAAUAGUCAAUUGCCCACUGGCAUUUUCUUGUUGACAUACACUCAAGAUGGAUUGGAACAGACCACAACAUGUAUUGCAGAAAUGGCAGCAUUUUGGAAUACCACAGAUGCAGGUCCAACAGCAACAACACCAUCUUCCACACCAGCAGUUACCGGCACAGCAACAACAUCAUCACCAGCAGCAGCAGCAGCAGCCGCACCAACAGCAGCCACAUCAACAGCAAACACAGCCAUCCGCUCAGGCUUUGCCCCAGCAAAUGCAGUCCCAGAUGCACCAGAUGCCUCAGCAGACAUCCAAAAUUGCUAAAACUGGGGGCUCAUCAACACCUCACUGCCUUAUCUGUAAUGUACAUUUAGGGAUGUUUGCCAAAGGAGGCAUGGAAGUGUUUUCAGAAAAGGUUAUAACCACCCAUGGAAAAAUGCAGAUCCAUUCUAUUCUGGGUGCAAUUGUGAACCAGGAGCUCAACACCUCUGUUGUCCAUUCAAGUAUAGUUUGCAAAAAAUGUUUCAAGUUGAUCGAUGACAUCGAUGCGCUUGAGGAUAAGCUUAUCAGUAUGAAACAGGUAGUUUCAACCAAGUAUACAAUGACACUAGCCUUGGUGAAGAAAGGGAUGGUUGGAAAAGCUGUUAUUGAUGAGCAGACCAAGGCACCCCAACCACCACCAGAGCCAAAACCUAAGAAAGUCAGCAAACCACCAGCUUCACCAGACAAAGGAAAGUCCAAGGGCCCCAGCAAGAAAGGGCGCUCAGGAAAAAUUGGACGACCUCGGAAAACAAGCAGCCUGACUGUUAAAUCUGGCAAAGUUGUUGUGAAACAAAUUCAGGAGGUGCCUGAAGAAUUAAAUGAAGAAGAUGAAAUAGAAAUCAAAGAAGAAGAAUUGGCAGUUGUUGUCAUUGAUGAUGCCUCAUUAGAACACUUUGAGGAGACUGCUACUUUCAUGUGUUCUGUGUGUGACAAAGUAUUUGAAACCAGGGAAUGCUUGGUAAACCAUAUGGAAAUUCAUGGUUUGAAAGAAGAUUGGUUUAACUGCAAUGUUUGUGAUCAAAGUUUUCUAAGUGAAGAAAGAUAUUUAAAGCAUAAAAAGCUCCACAAAGGAACCAAGAAAGUGAAAGCAAACUCUACAGCUUUUGAUGUAACUCACAUAAAGCAGUUCAAAUGUAAACAGUGUAGCAAAGUAUUUACUACUAAAAGUAAAGCAAAAGAUCAUGAGAGAACACAUACUGGUGAAAAGCCAUUUGAAUGUGAUAUUUGUGGUACAUGUUUCCGUCAGAAGAGUAACUUAUCCUCUCACAAAAGAGUCACACAUUUGCAGGAGAAAAGGUAUAAGUGUCAGAUAUGUGGGAAAGCAUUCAAAUGGAAAAGACUUUUAAAUGGACACACGAUGAGUGUGCAUACUGGUGAACGACCUUAUCGGUGUGAGUUUUGCGAUGCUGGCUUUGUUUACCAGCAGCAUUAUAAGAAACACAUGCGAAUUCAUACUGGAGAAAAACCAUUCAAGUGUGAGAUUUGUGGAAAAGCUUUCAAUUCCUCCAAUAAUUGUCGAGCACACAUGUUCACUCAUUCAGAUAAGAAGCCGUAUGAAUGUACUAUUUGUGGGGCAGGCUAUAUGCGGAAACCAUUGGUACUUACCCAUAUUAAACAGCAUGCUCACAUUGAUGGUGAAAUUGAUGCUUAUGUUAAAGCCAACUCUCCCUCAGCAGCUGUUGCAGCAGUUGUAGGAGACAGGAAUGAAGUUGGCAAUGGUAGAAUUGGUGAUUCUUCAGGAUCACUUAAAAAAAAAGCAAGAAAUGAACCUCAAAAUCAAACUGUCCAUCUACCUCAGGGUCCACAGCCAACAGGCCAGGUUAAUAUUGAAGAAUGUGUCCCACAGUUCUUAAUUUCUGAACCAGUUGUCAACAGAGAGCAGGCUCACACGGGAGAAACGAUGAACUAUGUGUUUGGUAGUUUUCAAUCUCAGCCUCCUAUGACACAUUACACAUCCCUUAAUUUGGGUCAGUGGUGAUUUUCUACCUUUGUUUGAGGUAGUUAUGUUUAUAUGUAAAUAGAUGUAUAUAUACAUUAUAUAUAUUUGUGUGACCUAAUCAUUAUUCGUGUAUAUAUUUUACCUUGUAUUUAUGCCCAGUCAUGAAUUAAAGCACUGUACAGUAUUUUUCAAUAUGUAUAAUGUGGAUCUUUGUGUUUUGUUGUAUGUACUUAGAUUUUUUCAUUGUUGUUCUGUAUUGAUAUACAGUAUGCAGCUACAAAGUAUUGUUUUAUACAGUCCUCAAUGUGUGACUUUUUCAAACACUUAUCCCAAGGUUGGAGUUCACUUAUCCCAAGGUUGGAGUUACUUGUACAUACUGGCCAAUGAAUCAGCCUUCUAUACCUUCUUUUCCUUUAUUUUGGUUAUCUUAUCGGUCUGCAUUUAGUCCUGAAUUUGAUUUCAGUCAUUCUUAUGUUGAUAUGUCAGCAAAUCUUAAUUGGGGACCCCAAGAUUUUUUCAAGUUUAGUGAUUAUGCCACGGGUUCUACUUCCUGGGUUGACUGUUAUCAUUUGUUGUAUUGUUUGAUGAAAUACUUGUUAUCAGACUUCUGGAUGUCCUGGUUGUGGAAGGAACAGAGGACAUUCCAGGACAUUGUGUAUUUUGGAGGAUAGUUUGCAUUUACCUAGUAUGCCAUAUUGUAAUGUACACAACAAGAGCUGCCUCAAUUGGAUAUAUCCGGAAACGCAAUUGGGCUUUUGCCCAGUGCUAGGUGCCAACUUCUUGAAACUUUUACUGUUGAAUUUUUGGGGAUGGGCUAUCUGUCUGUGUCUCAAAGCAUAAUUUGUAAAACCUGGUUUUGUGAACCUAAGAUAUUAUAGUAUAGGAUUUUAGAUAUUUUACCUCAUGUUUUUUUAAUUUUAUUCAUGCAUAUCUAAGAUAAUGAAAUAUAUUACCUUUGAAACAUGAAAGCCUUGUGUAUGCAUUAUUUAUUUGAAUGAUAGAUAUGAUUGUAUAGUAAAGGUUAAGUACUAGGUUUUUCAGAAUUUAAGGGAAGAGUACAGUAUAUGGAUAAAAUACAAGUGCUUGUAUUGUGCUUUAAUCUGUACAAAAGAUUUAUGGCAAAAGUGGAGGACUUUUUCUGUGAAACUGUCUUAGCCAUGGGCACACAGCCAGUUAUUAGAAAACCAGGCAGUAACUGUCAGUGUGAGAGUAAUUAUGAUGCAUUCAUAUAAGCGAAAUUUUAAAGAAUUGUAAGGAAAUAAAAGUGAAAAAAUAACUUACAAGUGCUUCUUGCUUUGCCAUCUUUUAACCAAAUCUUUACACAUGUUUUGCAGAGUAUUACUUUAUAUGUACUGCAGGCUAUAAUUUUAGCAGGCAGUCCCCCAGUUAUUCCGGGGGGGAUUCCGUUCUCAGCAGGGUGCUGGUAAGCAAAAACUGCCAUUAACCAAAUCUCUGCGAUUUAUGGCGCUUAAGGGGCAGAGUUUUGGUUAAUGGCACCACCGCUGUUAGGUAUGUUAUGGCACCAUAACUUGAUGCCGAUAACCGAAACUUGGCCUGUUAUGGGACCAGUAACUGAAACUUAGCCCAUUAUGGCACCAUAAGUUGCUGAUUUUAUGGCUCUAGACAAGUGCCUUACAACCAGAUCAGCACCUCAGUGGCGUGGUCAGUAUGGUAUUGGCAUACCACUUCGGUGGCUGCGAGUUCGAUUCUUGGGCGUUCCACUGAGGGGUCAGAGAUGUGUCUUUCUGGUGAUAGAAGUUCACUCUCGACGUGGUUCGGAAGUCAUGUAAAGCCAUUGGUCCCGUUGCUGAAUAACCACUGGUUCCUUUCAACGUAAAAACACCAUACAAACAACAUACAACCAGAUCGCCAUUAACCGAGUCUGCCGAUGACUGGGGACUGUUAUCAUAUGAACCAAUUAAAGUAUCAGUCUUGCAGCAUUGGGAACUGUUAAAUGUAACUCUGAAUUUCAGUAGUGAGAUUUCUUAACUAAUCACAUUAUCAUCAUUGUCUGUAGCAGUUUAUGAUAGAUUUUUCGGGAGUGGGUAUGUAUUAAAGGUCUUGGAUGUAUUUUUUUUUUUUUUUACACUUUCUGUAGUAAUGCACAAGGUGCUCUAUUACAGAUAAAAAAAGGGAAAAUAUAUUGCUACCUAUGUAUUAUACUUGUCACAGUUGUAACAUGUGAAGUAAUGUACUGAACAAUGCUAAGGUUAACAACAAAAGUGCAAGGUGUUUUCUGAUUUAUUUUUGCAUAAGAAGCCAGUUUUUUUUAAAGAUUUUAUGAUCACUUGAGGAGGUAUGAAUUUUCUUUUUCUUUUUACUUUUAUGUGUUGACAGAUACAUGUUGAUUUUUACUGAUAUAUAAUGACUUUGAAACUACAUUAUCAUAACUGAUGACCUCAGGUAAAAAAUUUUUUGCUACAGAAAUUGCUAUAACAGCAAAAGAUACAACUUUUUUUGCUACAUAUAUCUGAAGUCCUCUAUACAGUACAGGGAUAUACUAACUUUAAACACAGACUGGAAAAGGCAGUUCAGACUUGCUGACAAGGUACUAGUUGUCUAUCGACAGGUUGGGGGUCUGCCCACUCGUUAGUCUGCACUCCACUUUGCUUUCGGCUGCCAUUGCAUUAAGAUGUCUCUCAGAACUCUAUACUCGACUUUCCGCUCAAACUUUUUGAUGAAUAAACAGAAAUAUUCCAUGUCCCUGUUUUUGACUGUUUAUUAUUACUGUAAUUCAAACUCAUUGGUCAAAUAAGCCUAUUUGUAAGGAAUGCAUAUAGUUUUCUUUGUGAUGAUUUAUUCCCCUGUUUUCAUAAAGAAUGUAACAGCUGGAUAUUCACUGGCAGCUGUAUUGUUUCUUAAUUUAAUCCUUAAUAUAAUUUAUCAAGGAUGUGAAAUUUAGUCAUCUUGGAAGGACUUUGAGAAUUUGGCCUACAAUAGAUAAGGGGGUCUUAUGUCACAGCCUUUGCUUUUAUCUGAUUGUGGGAAGUAGGACGUUAUAGCUUUAUUCCCCUAGUAAGUGUGAUUAAGUCUCUAAUACUGGACUGGACUAGUCUUGCAUAUGACAGCGUAGAUGGAUGUGGGAGCAAGUAGUUUUCUCCUUUCUUUCUUCAUCACAACUCAUGAGGGUCACACAGAGAGAGGGUUGCGUUGCCCGUUUGUCCAGCUUGUUUGCCUACCUGUGUACCUGCCCUGUGGAUGAGGUUUACGGGUGGCAAAGGUUUUUUAGUGUUGUAUCUGUAUCCAGGGCUGUAUGUCUGGGCUUAGGGAACUAGUCCUUUCACCGCAACUCACAAGUGUCAUAGAGGGGCCAGUGCACCUAAUCAUUGGACCGAGUUCUCAGUGGCAGCAGGUACCGAUGUACUUUUACUUCUGCUUCCUUACCUUCCUCUUGCUAAACUUCUUGGUGUUGGAAGAUGUGGGCAGCUUAUCCCAGUUUUUCCUGUAAGAAGUCUAGCUAGGCUUUUCUUGUUUGGUCUUUUCAGCAGAAGACUAAAAGCAGCUCACGCAAACAGUUCCUCGUGCACUGCUGCUUCUGGUGCUUUAGGCACAGGUGCAUCUGUUGCGGGGUCCCCGGGGACCCAGGCUUACUGGUACAGACCUGGCUGUCCCACGUCACUCUCCCUCUAGGAAGGGCCAUGGGCCAGAGGGUUCUGACAUGGUUCAUGUAGCACCGUCAUCCAGGCCUAGCAGGGGGAGGUCUCCCAUCCAUUAUUCUUCUCAUGUGGAAGCUUCAGCUUUUAGGAAGGCUGGGACAUGAUCAUGGACAACCAUCGUCCACGUUCACGUGAGCAAGUUCACUAGCCAUGAUAUGAUGUCGUCACCUUGGGUUGAUGACCAACCAUGGCCUAGUUCACUUGGCAGUGGCUGUGUUCUACCAGGCUGGGCUAUGGUGCCAGGGACCAUUUGCCUACUACCUCUACUGCUUCAAAUGUUUCCGAGAAGCAAGGGUAAGAUGGCCUGUUUUCUUGAAGGCAUGUGUGCCUGGAUUGGUCUUAGGACUGGGUGGGGCAUACAUCCAGGUGGUUAAAUAAUCCCUUUGGGGAUUUGAUGGGAGUAUAUCCGAUACUUCGAAAGCUUUUAACAGUGUUUUCCUUCAUGGGAACGGGACUUCCUGGAAGGUAAAUGACUCUCGUCCUUAUGAGUUUGACCUGUAGUCCAUACAAGUCAAGCUCUCAGGACUAUAAUUUUGUUAGACCUGACAUUUGCAUAAGAAUCGUGAGCUAUCUUGGCUCUCACAGAGGGUGUAUGACCUGCCCAGUGGAGGCUGAGUGUGCAUUCUUGGCAAGAGCUCACAUGGGUAGGGGUAAUUGGGUUAGCACAUUUGUCUUCUAAUAUACUUGACCAAAACACUUUAUCAUUACUCAUCUCUGCUAACCCUCCCUUGUCUUAUAUGCUGCCUCGACCUAGUUCAGGUGCAUUAUCUGUUAAUUUUCUUGUGUUCAAGUGAAGAUUUGUUUACCCCCCUUUUUUUUUUUUUUUUAUAAAAGCUCCGGUAUUAAUACCAAACUAAGAUAUUAGUGUUUCAGCAGCAUGGUGCCAUAAUUUAUGUACAAAGGUUAAUGUAAAUGAGCCAAUAUCAAAAUUUAAUCAUGUUGGAAUUGUUAUGUAAUGCACACAUUGACAGUUACACAUUGCUAUUCUUUUGUAAUAUGAAACUAGCAUGUAGUCAGAAGCUGGUUGUACAAGAUUAAUAUUUAACAUUGAAAUUACAGCUUCAUCCACAUUAUGGUCUUUUAAGAAGUAAAGUCAUAUUUUUGUAAGUGAAGUGAAGUACAGUGCUUCGAGUUUGAUACAGUUUAGCUAUAUGAUGUACAAUGUUAGCAUUGUUUACUUGAAGCCAUAAGAUGCAGUAUUUUAUGGUUACUUUAUAGAGAAUGGUCUGUUAUAGAUCUAAUUGCGGUAUGCAGUAGUUACGAAUUGUGUCAUAACAGUGCAAUUUUUCCUUUUGUUGACAGUGAAUUAUAUAUUUUAGUAUAACAAUUGAUGCUGGCACACUUAAGGUUUGAAUUGUAGUGAAUGAAAAACAUGUAUAACCUUGUAUAAAGUUUUUUGUUUUAGUA